AUGCAAACUGACGAGGUUUCGUGGCAAGACAUUGAUAAAGUCAGGUACUACUCGUUCGGGUAUGCUGCUUUCCUCCUCAUCCGCAUUCCUACCCAUCCCUUCUGGGUGGUCAAGACGAGGUUGCAGAUGCAAGCGUCGCAUCGCCUCAACGCGGACCUUGUUUAUGACGGCACGUUCGACGCCUUCAAGAAGAUGUCGCGGCAUGAAGGCAUUCGCUCGCUCUUCAAAGGCUUCGGCGUCGGUUGUGUUGGCAUCUUAGCCAUGCAGCUGGACAACACGGUGUUGGAGGUGUCUAGGCAUGAGCUGAUGAGGCUGCAAACAGACUCGCUGGUCCUCUCAGGCUUUGACUUCCUCUGCAACUCAGCCGCUGGAGCCUUGGCAGCUCUUGUCUCCCACACCGUCUCCGUGCCUGUUGAGGUGUUGGCGCAAAAGCAGAUGAUGAGUCGGCGCAAGGAUGGGUCAUACUCCGCGACCCCUCCGCUGAUGCGCGUGGUGAAGGAGACGUGGAGAAAGGAAGGAUGGAGAGGCUUCUACAGGGGCUUCGGGGCCUCGCUGCUGGUUCAUGCUCCCUACAACUCGGUAUGGUGGGCAGCCUACAUUCACUUCAAGUCGCAACUGGCUCAGCGAAUGCCAGCACAGGGCAAGGGCUGGCGAAUGGCGCAAGAGGCAACAGCUGGGGGGCUGGCUGGUGUGCUUGCAGUCUACCUGACAAACCCGUUCGACGUGGUUAAGACUAGGAUGCAGCUUAGCGAGGGACAGCACCGCAGCUCCGACUUCCUCUCCAUCCUUCGCAAGCUGGUGCGGACGGAGGGACUGACAAGCCUGCUGAAGGGAGUCGAAGCUCGAGCCCUCGUGAGCGUCCAGUCGUCCAUCAUGUUUGUCACGGCCUACGAGCUUGUGAAGCGAAUGAGCAAGAAAUAA